CUCGUGCUGCUCAAAUAUGGCUCGUUACUCAAUUGGCCGUCUAGCCGCGUUGGCUCUGAUGCUGACAUCAUGUUGGGAGGCCUGCUAUGGCAAAGAGACCAUGGGCGAGAGAGCCCAGAGCGUGCGACAGCGCCGAGCUGCCAUGGCCCAGGCCCAAAAGUCCCGAUUUGAAACUCGGGAUAAGGGAACGUAUCGCUACCUAACAAACCAAACGGAAGCCUUCAAGGUCGAUUCUCUCCCCGACGUGACGGAUGACCCAGGUGAGAUGUAUGGGGGCCAGAUCCCUGUCGGCAAUGAUACUUCGAAACAGAUGUUCUUCAUGUUCCAGCCAACGAUUGGCGAUCCUGUUGACGAGAUCACCAUCUGGUUCAAUGGCGGUCCAGGCUGUUCGUCCUUGGAAGCGUUUUUACAGGAGAACGGACUUUUCAUCUGGGGUUGGGGCAUGUACAAUGCCGAAGUCAACAAGUACUCAUGGGUUAACUUGACGAACAUGCUUUGGGUAGAAUAUCCACUUGGCCUUGGAUUUUCAACAACCAGCAACGUCACAGCGACAAGUGAGGAAGAGACAGCUGCCGACUUCAUAGGCUUCUUCCGCAACUUCCAGGAUAUUUUCGGCAUUAAAAACUACAAAAUCUACAUAACUGGAGAAAGCUAUGCGGGGAGGUAUGUCCCAUACGUUGCUUCUGCAAUGAUCGACCAGAAUGAUACAGAAUAUUUCAAUGUCUCCGGCGCUCUGAUGUAUGAUCCCGUCAUCGGCCAGUAUGAGUACAUUGGCCAGACGGUACCGACAGUACCGUACAUUCAAAAAUAUGCCAUGUUCUUCAAUUUCAACGAGACGUUCAUGUCAGAAUUGGAAAGCGCCCACAAAAGUUGUGGUUAUGCCGACUACUUGGCCAAGUAUAUGACGUUCCCACCUGCUGGACUACAGCCACCACUCGAGGGUAUGUUUAAUCAAACAUCGCAAAGCUGCGACGUGUGGACGAACGCGUAUACUGCUGCGUCGCAACCGAAUCCAUGCUUUAAUGUCUAUGAAAUCAGCACAAUGUGCCCUGUUCUAAGCGAUCCUCUUGGUUAUCCGAGUGACCUGGAAUAUUUGUACUCGGGUAUGAAAGAGAUUUACUUCAACAGAACAGAUGUCAAAACCGCAAUUCACGCUCCAUUGGACGUAGACUGGUCCGAAUGCUCAGGACCAGUGUUCGCUGGCGAAGGCGGUGGCUAUGGCAAUGGAGAUGCAAGCAUUGACCCGAUACAGUCAGUUCUUCCAAAGGUCAUUGAGAAAACGAAUCGGGUAUUGGUGGCCAAUGGAGAUUAUGAUUUCGAGAUCCUCACAAUGGGUACACUCCUAUCUAUUCAAAACAUGACGUGGAACGGUAAAUUAGGCUUCCAGAAGGAGCCUAAGACGCCAAUAGACAUCAAAUUACCAGAUCUGCAGUAUCAAGCUGCUUUCGACGCAUCAGGUAUGCCUGGCUAUGACGGGCCUGGACAGGGUAUCAUGGGAAUUCAGCACUAUGAACGUGGGCUUAUGUGGGCUGAAACCUUCCAAAGUGGGCAUAUGCAACCUCAAUUCCAACCAAGGAGCUCAUAUCGCCAUCUACAGUGGUUGCUAGGUCACAUCGACCGGCUUUGAUUUAAAAAAUACAUAUGAGUAAUAUCAGACUAGCCGGACGAAAGUGCACGAAUUCAAAUGACUGUAAACGCAGUUCGCGUUGUAUAAUGAGUAUAAUAAAGCAUUGAACAAUUUCACGAAAAUGCCAU